AUUGGGACCGGUGGCUUCGGGAAGGUAUACAAGGGAGUUUUGAGUGAUGGGACAAAAGUUGCAGUUAAGAGAAAAAAUCCGGGGUCUCAACAAGGGCUACAAGAAUUCCGCACCGAAAUCAAGAUGUUAUUGCUAUUUCGUCACCGCCAUCUUGUUUCAUUAAUUGGUUAUUGCGAUGAAGGGAAUGAGAUGAUCUUAAUAUAUGAAUACAUGGAGAAUGGAGCACUAAGAAGUCAUUUGCAUGGCUCAGAACUCCAAACAUACCUAACUUGGAAGCAAAGGCUUGAAAUAUGUAUUGGUGCAGCUAGAGGAUUGCAUUACCUUCACACUGGCUUUGCCAAAGGAAUUAUCCACCGUGAUGUGAAGUCUGCAAAUAUUUUACUGGACGAGAACUUCAGAGCAAAAGUUGCGGAUUUCGGGCUCUCCAAGAUAGGGCCGGACAUGACUCAGGCAAAUCAUGUGAGCACGGCCGUGAAAGGGAGUUUUGGAUACUUUGAUCCUGAAUACUUUAGGAGGCGACGGCUGACGUUUAAAUCGGAUGUGUACUCAUUUGGGGUGGUUUUGUUUGAGGUACUAUGCGGAAGAGCAGCUGUGGAUUCGACCCUUCUGUCGGAAAAAAUCGGUUUAGCAGGGUGGGCAUUGAAAUUGCAGAAGAUGGAGAAGUUGGAGGAAAUCAUAGAUCCUGCUCUU